AUGCAGGAAGCAUCGCAAAAACUAGGAUUUUACUUGGGUGAGGAAGACAUGGAGUUUUCCAGCUUCUCAAGCGGGACCGAACGUGCUGUCAAGACUUGGCAAACUUUGGGAUCUGAUCGUAGAUACAAUAGAUACUGGCUUUUCUUGGGCCCUUGUAAUGCAUAUGACCCAGGACAUAGAAGGGUUUAUUUCGAAUCUUCAGAAGAUGGUCACUGGGAGGUGAUUGAUACAGAAGAGGCUCUGUGUGCUUUGUUGUCAGUUUUGGAUGACAGGGGUAAACGAGAGGCUCUUCUUAUUGAAUCCCUGGAGAAACAAAUAGCGUUUCUGUGCCAAGCGAUGUCAAGUAGAAUGGUAAAUAGUGAUAGAAUUGACAACUUGGCGCAAUCUGAUCAAUCUGAGCUGGAUAGUGUUAGAGAAGACACUUAUUCACCAGUAUCUGAUGUAGACAACAACUUAUCUGGAAUUGCAAAUGAUUCUCUGCCUUCAUCUGGAGUUGUGGUUCUUGAAGUUAGAAAGAAAGGAGAACAACAGAAACAGAAAUGGAGCCGAAUCCAAGCAUUUGAUUCAUGGUUAUGGAAUUCCUUUUACCUAGAUCUUAAUGCUGUCAAACAUGGUAAACGAUCAUAUUUUGAUACACUUACUAGAUGUGAAAGUUGUCAUGAUUUGUAUUGGAGAGAUGAGAAGCACUGCAGGAUUUGCCAUACAACAUUUGAGCUUCAUUUUGAUCUGGAAGAAAGGUAUGCCAUCCAUGUAGCCACAUGUAAGGAGAAAGAAGCGAGUGAUACUUUUCCUAAGCAUAAUAAUGAAGAUGUCCUCCAGUUAAAAAGAUUUCAAGCUACACAUAUCUUUGAUAGACUGGAGGAGAAUAGGACUUCAGUUGAGGAUCAACCUAGGAAUGAAUUUAGUGUUCAUGGUUUGGAUAAUUUGAAUUCAGCCAUGCCAGAAGAUGCUUUGUUGGGUGCUUGGAAAAAAUCUGCUCAUAAGCUAUGGGUGAAACGACUAAGACGUACCUCAUCUUUGGCUGAGCUUUUGCAGGUUCUUGGUGAUUUUGUUGGUGCCAUCAACGAGGACCGAUUAUAUGAAUGCAAUAUAGAGCAAGGUUCUUGUAAUUUUAGUGAAGAACUGAUUGCGUCCUUUGCAUGUAUGCCCCAAACAACAUCUGCAGUUGCACUCUGGUUGGUGAGAUUGGAUGCCUUAAUUGCUCCAUACUUGGAAAGAGCCCAUUCUCAGAAAAGGCUGGAAAUUAGUGUCAGAGGGAAGCAUGCUCCAAAGCAAUAG